CUUGGCUCCCCGGUGCCACGGUGCCACGCGCCGUGCGGCGCCAUGGGGCGAGAUCUCGGGCGAGGUGUCCGAGCUGUGUCCCACAGCUCGGCCACGUCGGCAUCGGCCUCGACCAUUGACACGCCAGACACGCCAGUUCCAUGGGGUCGCAAGCUCUCCGUAGGUGAGAAAUUGUGGCGCUCUGGGCGCUCGAAAGUGAGAUUGGUGCAGACCAAAUUCAAGAGCUACAAAGCUCAAGGUGUGAAGAAACUGGAGGAGAAGAAGGAGGACCUGAAGGAGACUCUUCGGCCCUUCGUGCCGCAUCGGUCCCAGGCAGAGACGCCAUGUGAGCGUGGCAAGGUGUGGAAAGAACUCUUCCACCCACCGGCUCAUUCAGAUCUCCUGCAGAGGAGACAAGUCUAUCAAGCCUGGUGCAAGGAGAUUGAGGAUGCGAAGCCUCCCAGUGAUCCCUCCAAAAAGAUCAUCAAGGUGGCCAACAACUUGGAGUUCUUGAAGACCACCAAUUUGCCCGAUGGAGACAUUCCAACUGCGAAGAAGCUCAGCCAUUGGCCCAAAAAGGUACGACUCUAUUCGCGUGAGGAGUGGCCGUGUUAUGAGCACAUCACGCAUGCAGUGUCCCAGGUGACGGGCUGCUUGAGAGGGAUGACCAAGUUCCUUCAGAAUUCCUUGGUGAAGAUGUCCAAGGGUCAGGUGAGUAGCCAAAAGGCGCUACUGGACCGCCUGCAAGCAGGGCAAGAUGCCCACCCGUAAAGUGCAGCUUCCAAUUUAUUGCACCCUCGGUAAAGGGCAAACGAAGUGAAUCAAAGUGCUUGUGAUCAUGAAGACUCCCAGGAUGAUCUUGAC